AUGGAAGCUAUUCCAAGGCUUCCUAUGUUAAGUUUUGAACUUCGUAGCAGCACUGAAAAAGUUGAUUUUUCAACUAAAAUAAAACAGUACAUAAUAAAUCAUUAUAAUGAAGAUCCAGUUUUGUAUGCAUCAGCAAUCACAAGCAUUGAUUCAUUACGUAAGGAAGCUAUCACACCUGGCAAAUCCAUCAGUAGUUGUUCUACCAUGAAACGCUAUUAUUGUCAACUUCAUUUAAUGGCUAGUCGAUUUCCAAUGAAAGAACAUGAGCCUGCAGCAGUAUCUUUUUCAUGGAAAUCACUUCAUUCUAAUUCGAAAAUAACUAUGAAUGAUAUAUCAUUAGAAAUGGCAUCAAUUUUAUACAAUAUUGGAGCAUUACAUUCUCAGUUGGGUGCUUCAGAUAACCGAACUUCAGCUGAGGGAAUGAAAAUGUCUUGCACUCAUUUUCAAUGUGCAGCUUGGGCUUUUCAACAUAUCAAUGAAGAAUAUUCUUUAGUUUCAAGAGCAAUUGGACUGUCUCCAGUAUUAAUGUCUUUUUUGUGUCACUUAUGUUUGGCCCAAGCUCAGGAAUGUAUUCUUGAGAAAAGUAUUAUGGAUAACAGAAAGUCAGCAAUCACAGCAAAAGUAGGAAUUCAAGUUGUGGAUUAUUAUAAGCAAAGUUUGGGUCUUCUCACUGAAUGGCCACUUAGUGAAGAUUCUCCAUCAGAAAUCACAAAUUUAAAAAUUUAUAAAAAUUGGAACAAAUAUGUUUUAUUUAAAAUUGCAUACUAUGAAAGUAUUUCACUUUUAUUUCAAGGUCAGCAAUCAGAAGACCAACAGAAAAUGGGAGAAAGGGUGACAUUUUAUCAAGCUGCCUUUGGCAAACUUGAAGAAGCUAGAAAAUUAUAUUCUGGAAUGGACAACACUGAAAAUGUUGUGGAAGCCUUGAAUUUUUUACAAGAUGUUAUCGAAGCCAAAAGAAAAGUUGCUAAAAGUGAAAAUGAAUUUAUUUAUCAUGAAACUGUACCCAAUUUAUCUCAUUUACCUAUUAUAAAAGGUGCAUCUCUAGUAAAAGGAAUACCCUUCAGUAUUAACGAUCCAGAGGUUUGUGGUCCGGAUUUGUUCAGCAGUAUUGUUCCGAUGCAAGCUCACGAAUAUGCUUCAAUGUAUAGUGAAGAAAAAGCUAAAUUACUAAGAAAAAUAAAUGGUUUAAUUGAGACCAAAAAUGAAGAGCUUGAAACAUUUUUAUCAAUGUUAGAUUUAAAUGAAAUAACUUCAAAACUAGAUGGAAACAAACUUCCCCAAGAUCUGAUCGACAAGUGUGCUGCAUUAAGUGCAAGACCAGAUACUAUUCAAAAUCUUACUGAUGCUAUGGGCAAACUUUCUGAUGUUUAUCAAGAUGUGGGUUCGAUGCUAGCAGAAAUAAAAGAAUUACUUGAAAGAGAAGAAAAACACGAACAAGAAUAUCAAAUGAUGUUAGGAAAAAGACCACCCUCUAUUGCUGCCACAGAUUUAACAAGAGAAUCUAAAAAGUACCAAGAAGCUCAUGCUAAAGCUUCUGAAUCUAAUCAAACUCUUCAUAAGGCUAUGGUUAUGCACAUUCCUAAUUUAAAACUGUUAUCCCUUCCUCUGAAGGAGUUAAUGAAUCAUAUACCAUCAAUAUCUGAAGAUCCAGAAGUUGAAGCUAUUUCCAAAGAGAUGCAACAUCUUAUGUCGAAAAUUGAUGAAAUGAAAGAACAAAGAUUAGUAUUAGCAAGUCAGUUAAGAGAUUUGGUUUGUGCAGAUGACAUUACAAGGCAAGUUAUUACGUACACAGGAGAUAAAAUAGAGGAAUUAUUCGAGGAAGAACUUAAAAAAUACAACAAGUAUACAAAUUUAAUUGAAAAAAAUUUAUCUGCUCAAGAAAAUAUUUUAAAAGCUUUUAAAGAGACCUAUGCUCGUUACGGGUCUACUCGAAAGAAUACAGGAGAAUCAUUCAGAAAAAGAAGUUCAAUUAUAGCAUCUCUCAUAUCUUCUUAUGAUGCCUAUGAGGAUCUUAUGGCAAAAUCCAGUAAAGGUUUAGAAUUUUACAAAAAGUUGGAAAUGAAUGUUUCAAAAUUGUUGCAAAGAGUCAAAGGAACUUGUAAAGUACAAGAUGAAGAGAGAGAACAGAUGAUGAAAACCUACAAAAAGACAGAAACUUCAGUGCCCCAAGAAGAAACUUCUUCGGGUAUGAAGCUCAAAGAUUAUUUAAAUAUAAAGAAAGAAACUGGCAAACUUUCUCUCGAUCAUUCUACCACGAUCCCUCAAGUAAACCCUUAUUUGAACGAUCCAAAUGUGUCGCAGACGCCUUGGAUUCCAGGAAUCAGACCAGCUCCCGUGGGUUCUGAAGAAACUGAUGCAGCUUUCAAAGGUCUGAUCGAUUCAUUUCACGGUUUUUAUCAAAAUCAAGAAAAAGACCGCGUAUGGAAUAAUUCAUUUUAUUCAGCUCCUCAAAAUGCUGACCAAAAGUUGAAAUAUUUUCUACCACCGAGCACUUCUGAAAAUACUUAUUUAAAUUACAAUCAAAAUCCAUCUUUUACAUCUAAUCAAGAUACAUAUCCGAUUUCGUCGUAUUCUACCGUUUUACCUAAAGUAGAAGGUCAGGGCAUGUACGAGCCAAAAAGUAAUUAUUACAAUGUUCACAGCUCUCCUAAUAGAUGUUAUAAUAAUCCCAAUGAACAACCAUGUAGGCCAUCCACAGCCACUCCACCUUCCACAAAUAUAAAUCCUUCUGUAAUUUCAGAACCUAUUAUGUUCGGGUCCAAUACUAAUGAAAUUCCUUAUUACGAUUACCCUAAUCAAACUUCUUCUAAUACUUACCCUGACCCUCAAAAAUCCUGCUUGAAUUACAACCAGCAGCCGGAAGCGAUUACAAACUACGGAUCUCCUCAACAGUUCGAAAGUAAAUCUGACACGCCGGGAAAUUUUAAUUCUACCCUUCCUCAAACUCAUCCGCCAUUCCCUUCGAAUUCCGGUUCCAGUUCUUACAGCAUGAAUGUUUUGCCACAAAGUCAACCUCAAGGAACUUAUAAUUCGUUUGUUUCCGAACAGGCCCCUGUAUAUGGGUCCAUGACAUGUGACCAAGUCCCCAGUUUCAAUAAUUCUUAUGCAGGAACAUAUUCGGGAGCAUAUUCUUCUUUACCCGUUGCAACUGGGGCAAAUUAUUUUCAGCAAGAACAACUACCGAGUUAUGAUAUUUCACGUAACUAUCAAACUCCUGCUAAUACUAACAAUUAUAACAAUUCAAUGGAUGCCCGCGUAUCGGAAACAUAUUCUUCAAAUUUGUAUAAAGUAAAUCCAGCCAACGUCGGUCUCGAUUGCCAGCAAAACAAUGUUCCAGUUCAAUAUCAGCCUUAUAUGGAUAAUUCAUCAGGUGCUAUGCAGAAUUCAUAUGGUCCCCAACAAAACUCUCAAUUUUUGCAAUCUGGUAACGAGAGUGUGUACACAGCUUCUCAAACACCCGCUCAAUACGUUAUAACAAAUUCAGACGUUUAUAAAACAUCGGAUAUUCACGAAGGGAAUUAUCAAGGAACUCAAUAUUACAAUAAUCAAUAUGGAGCAUACGGAGUUCAAUCGGACAACAAUUUUAUAAAUGGCAAUCCUGUAACAUACAUGCAAGCAGGAGUUGAAAAACAACAAGCAGUCACUACGAUGACUUUUACAAAUUCAGAAACAAAAAGCUCACCGGUAACAAAUUCAUCAAAUGUUGAUUUGUUAGCCGGUUUGGAUAUUGACGUCAAUCAGCUACCUCUCAUACCGGAAACUGCGUCCACCACCGAUGAAAAGAAAAAAGAAUGCCCGGACGUUCAGAAUAAAAUAAAAACAGAGAGUAAAACUGUUGUGGAACAAACCGAACCGGAGCCUAGUGUAAAAUUAAAUUUAAAAAAGGAUUUAAAUCCAAAAGAGAAUAAUUAUAUAAAAAAAGAAAAUAUUAUGAAUUUUGUUCAAGAUGUUGAAAAAUAUGAAAAAUUUGUCGAAGGAUUGACGACGAAAACUUUAAAUGGUCCAACAAGUUUGGAUUUAAAAUGGAAAGAAAUAAAAGAUUUACAGGAAAAAAUUAGUCCGCUUCACAUAAUAUCCGUUGCUCGAUGUUACCCCAUGAAAAAUAGAUUCUCCGAUAUUUUACCAUAUGAUGAUUCAAGGGUUGAAUUACCCUCCACAAAAGAUGAUUACAUAAACGCAUCCCGGAUGACUGAAUUGACAAAUUUGAGUCCGAAUUUUAUUUUAACUCAAGCACCUCUUCCAUCCACAUACGCGGAUUUUUGGACCAUGGUGAUAGAGCAACAAGUCGAAAUAAUCGUUUGUUUGUUAAGUGAUUUGGAAUUAAAUGGACAUUGUUAUUGGCCCGUUGAAAGAGGACAAAAAUUAGAAAUGGGUAAAUUAAUAAUUUCACUUCAAAGCAGCAAUACCCGUUCGAAUUGGGUGGAACGUAUUUUAUCCAUUUACACUCACGAUACGAAAACAACUCGAGUUGUAAUUCAUUUGCAAUUUACCGCAUGGCCAGGAAGUUCCUUUCCUGAAACGCCGAAUCCCUUCAUAGUUUUUUCUGAGGAGUGCAUCAGCUUUUUCAAUCAACAGAGAUCAAUGGUUCAUCCUAUUGUUGUCCAUUGCACAUCCGGCGUGGGUCGAACCGGAUUAUUUUGUCUUUUGAUUGCUUCUAUAUUAGAGAUUCGAGCCGGUAGAGAAAUCCCCGAUUUGUCUUUUUUGGCGGGUAAAAUGUGUCAUUUUAGAAAAAAUUGUCUUCGGGAUAGAGAACAUCUUAAAUUUGCUUAUAAAUCAGUAUUACACUAUUGUCAAAAUUUAUUAAUGAAACAUGGAAUAUCAAAAAAUCGUUUUAAUCAAGAUGAAUGUAAGAAAAAUGAAGUUGUAUUAAAUAAAACGCGGAAUACUCCGGAAAAUUUUCCAAAAGUUUCCGAAGGAAAUAAUGAUUCUGUUGACCAAAAUAAUUUUUCUGAAAAAGGCAAGAUUUUUUUUGUAGAUUUUAAAUUCAAAUUCAAAUUCAAAAUUUUUGAUUUUCCUAUUUUUUUUUUUCUUCUUACUAUAGAUAUAAAAGAAAAUAAUUCCGAUCGUGUAAAUGAUGCAAGUGAAGUUAAUGCAUCCAAUUCGUCAUCAACUGGUAAAACUUCUCCAUCCAAUCCCGAUAAUGUUUUCAAUUUGGAUUUGAGUAAUUUAUCAUUAAAAGAAAAAAGUACUAAUAAAAGAAUGAAUAAAGGUUUUGAUAAAGAAACAAACAAUCCAAGUUCAGAUGAUCCUUUAAGUUUAUUAGACCCCCUAUGGACAAUGAAAAAAGAAAAAUAA